GUUUUUUGAAAAAAAAGAGGGAGCGAUUGUUGUUGUUGGUUUCCGUGUUGCGGAAAAAAAGAGAGUGAAAUUCAGAUCUUAUGGCCGAGGUGAAGCUCGGCGGCCAGGCGACAGCGGAGCUGUCGGAGGCAGCUCAGGCCGAGCUGAUGGACCAGUGCGAGGAGCAGUUCGCUCAGCUGGAAAAGCUCCAGAAUGAGAUUAUACUCUGUGAACCAGAUUUCUGCGAGAAUCCUCAGCAGCCGGCAGUAAAUCGACUGAUAGCAACAGAAGCUGAACUGAAGCAGUGGCUGACCGUGAAGCCGGAAUUGCUGGCAUCCAAUUCAGAAGUUUUACUUCGAGCUGGAAAAGAAGAGAUGCUCAAGCUGUGCUCUGAACUCGAGAUGGUUCUUUCUUGCCAUGAAGCAAAGAGAGACAAAUUGAGAGAAACUAAAGAACUUGAACAAAAGUGGUUGGAGGAGAAGAAACAGGUGCUGAUAGCUGCCAAUGACCAUGUUGAACAACUUCAAUUGGAAAAGGGGACCUUUUCAGAGCACAGUAUAUUGCAGGACACCAAGAUGAAAAUCCAAAAAAUGAAGUUGUACCAGGAAAGGUUGAUGGAGUCACUGGGGGACAUACUGGAGAAGCACGUCCCUCUCCCUCAGAAUGAAACCAGUACGAAUAAGAAGAACAAGAACAUUGCCCAGGAGUUGGAUGAAGACUUGAUUUCACUUAAUGAAAUUCUUGAGCUGCUCAUGAACAAGGUCCUGACCACACCACACGACCCCUAUGUCACACUGGACGGCACAUUCUGGCCACCGUACGUGGAGAUGCUCCUCCGCUACGGCAUUGCAGUGAGGCACCAGGAGAAUAACUUCAAGAUCCGCCUGGAACCCUUUUGUUAAAGCAGUGGUGCAAUAGGCAUCUCACGUGUCUGCUAAUGUUUAUAAUUCGAGUCAGAUUGUAUAGUGCCAUCAUUAUGUAUAUUUAUGUUAGCUUGUAUAAAGAAGAAGAGCUGGGGAAAAUAUGAGGUUAGAUAUAUAAUGAAGUGUGAAUUAUCAAAUGUGUAACUUGCCCAAUUAGGCUUCACACCUUAUUUUCUUUUUUAAAGAUCUGUUGUACAGAGUAACCAUGGGUCCAUUCAAACAUCAGAUACCACCUACAUUGAAGCAAACUUAAAUCAUUAGGUUGAUUUUUAUCUUAAGUACAUAUUAUCUCUGAUCCUUUGUCAAGAUUAAAUCAGCAAUGAGAAAUGAGAAGUUUUGUAUUCAUGACUAUAUUUGGUUUCAUUUAAAUGUGACUUUUUAAAAGCCUCAAGGUAGCCAAGUGUUAUUUCGAUGUAUAUAUUUUCAUGUCCAAUAAACUUAAAACCAUUUCA